AUGUCCACCCUUUCAGUGUUCAUGGAUGUGCCCCUAGCCCAGAAGCUAGAAGGCAGCUUGUUAAAGACCUACAAAAAAGACGACUGCCCCAACAAGAUGUUCCUGGCCUAUAAAGUCUGCAUGACCAAGAAGGGCCAACCCUGGGUUUCUUCCGUGGUGCACAAGAUCCGACUACAGAUCGCGGAGGAUCCCUCCUUGAACUAUGAGUACAUACCGGUGAUGGGCAUGAAAUCGUUCAUCCAGGCCUCCUUGGAACUCCUCUUUGGAAAGCACAGCCAAGUCAUCGUGGAGAACAGGGGAGGGGGUGUACACACUGUUGGUGACAGUGGUGCCUUCCAACUUGGGGCCCAGUUCCUCAAAACUUGGCGUCGAGAUUCUCAAGUAGUUUACAUCAUUUCUUCUCAAAAAGAACCGCACGGACUUAUUUUCCAGGACAUGGGCUUUACAGUUUAUGAAUACUCCUUCUGGGACUCCACGCAGCUGUGCCUAGACCCCAACAUGCUCCUCAGUGUGGCCGAGCAGGCCCCACGUGGCUGUGUCUUUGUGAUUGGGAACAUUGGCAACUGCAAGUUGACACCAAGUCAGUGGGCAAAGUUCAUGGCCACCAUGAAGAGCAAGCAGAUAUUCCCAUUUUUUGACAUUCCCUAUCAAGGUUUAUCCACGGGUGACCUGGAAGAAGAUACUAGAUUCUUAGAAUAUUUUGUGUCUCAAGGCUUUGAGUUCUUCUGCAGCCAGUCUCUGUCCAAGAAUUUUGGCAUUUAUGAUGAAGGAGUAGGGAUCCUAGUCGUGGUGGCACUCAACAACGAGCUUCUGCUGUGUGUCCUCUCCCAGCUGAUGAACUUCGCCCGGGCCCUGUGGUUGAACCCUCCUACCACGGGUGCUCGCAUUAUCACCUCCAUCCUCUGUAACCCUGCUUUGCAGGGAGAAUGGAAGCAGAGUCUGAAAGAGGUUGCAGAGAACAUCAUGAUGAUCAAGGAAAAGGUGAAGGAGAAGCUCAGGCUCCUGGGGACUCCUGGCUCCUGGGAUCACAUCACCCACCAGAAUGGGACCCAUAGCUAUCUUGGACUCAGCUCCCAACAAGUGGAAUACCUGGUCAAGAAAAAGCAUAUUUACGUCCCCAAGAACGGUCGUAUCAACUUCACCUGUAUCAAUGCCUAUAACAUAGAUUACAUCACUCAGAGCAUCAAUGAGGCUGUCCUCUUCACAAUGGACUCAGAGAAUCUUCAGAAACCCCGGCUCUACACGUCGCCUAAGGAGGGGCCUUCUUCCCCGCUGGCCCGAGAGCGCCUCUGUGCCCGGGGUCUGGCGGCAGAGCUGGGCGCUGCCCGCGGCGACCGGGGGUCCGGGGCUCUGCUCCGCUGCCCUGGGAGGAGGACAGGAGACUGA